ACUGUGUGGCUAUAAAAUGCAUAUCGGCUUGUGAAAGAUGGUGUGCAAGAAAAUUAUUCGGCCCAUCCCUUGAAAGACAAUUGGGCCUUUAGAGAUGGGAAGAAGGCCUUGCUACAGUAAGGAGGAGGGCCUCACCAAAGGAGCAUGGACUGCCCAAGAAGAUACGAUCCUCACUCGAUACAUCAACACUCAUGGGGAGGGCAAAUGGAGAGCCCUCCCCAAAAGAUCUGGCCUCAAACGGUGUGGAAAGAGUUGCAGACUGAGAUGGCUUAAUUAUCUGAGACCCAACAUCAAAAGAGGCAACAUCUCCUGUGAAGAGGAAGACCUUAUAAUUAGACUCCACAACCUUCUCGGCAACAGAUGGUCUCUAAUAGCAGGUAGACUGCCAGGCCGAACAGACAAUGAAAUCAAGAACUAUUGGAACACAAAUUUGGGCAAGAAGCAUCAGAAAAACUCUACCAAGAAUAGGCAAGGCAGUGCAAAUGGGCAAGGAUCAGUCUUAAAGGAGGAGGCCAAGCCCAACCCAGUUGUUGUGAGAACAAAGGCCUCGAGGUGCAUUGGGAUCACGGCCACAACGAGCCCAGUUGCACCAGAGGCUCCAACCAUUGAUCCUAUGACGGAAUCCACAGCUCACCACGACAAAACCGCAUCUUCGAAUGCUCCUCCAGCUCUAUCAGUUCUCCCUACAUUCAUGGACGUUGACAUUGGAGACCUUUGUAUUGGCACUGAGUUUCUUCAAUCAUGUGAGAAGUUAGUGCUAGAUAAUAGUGAAGAUGAGUUUGGCAGCAUAUCUCUCUGUUUCCAAAAUAAUUUCUCUCCAGAUUGCAGAGAUUGGAUGGAAAAUACUUUCCAUGAGGGUCAUUCUUCUCAAGAAUCAGACUCCUUGGCCGCUUUCCUUUACUCCGAGGAGUAAAGCUUGGGUGCCGGCCUGGCCAGUUGGCAGCCCUAAUCAUCAUCAAAGGCUACUCAAGAUCAUCCUGAUUGUGUACAAAACAAUAAAUGGUACUCUCCAAGAGCCUAUCAUCAAAAAUGAGUGCCACGACUGUCAUGAAUUGCACUAUUGUUGAUAAAAUAACAGCUAGUGUGGAUUAUUUUGCAGAAAGAUCA